GGAUCAAUAUCAACUUCCAUUUCCCCAACUAGCAUCCAUAAGUCUACCGCAUCUACGGGAUUUGCAUCUUCAAUCUCCUCUACAUCCACCGCGGUUAAUCAUGCUUCUACAACAAAUGUGGCUUCGCCAUCAUUAGCUAUUUUGUCAACGCCCGUUACAGGUGGCACUGAUGCUUUUCUUGCUCCAGGCUCCAUUAGUGUACCUAUUAAAAUUGGAAAUCAUAGGGACGCAGCUUUUCUUUUACAUGAGGUUCGUUGUAUUGCUGGCCUAUUUGUUUUAUAG